AUGGCCGACAGCCAGCCUCCUCCUCCGCCUGAGGCGCCCCCGGGCGCGGAGAACGAGGCCGCCCAGCAGCACAGGCCCUCGGUCUCCUGGAACUUAGCCUCGUCCAGCACCGGCGCGGCCGCCUCCAAGAAGACCGGGGGCGCGUACCCCGCCUCAGCCGCGUUCCAGCGCCACAGGCUGGUCAGCCGCCCCGAGAUCAACCUCGGGGCCCAGCCGCAGAUCUGCUUCCUGCGGCCGCGGACCUCGCAGCCGCUCGUGCUCUUCAGCUUAAUGAAUUCCAGCGAAGCAGCCGUGACCAAAUUUUUACCCAAGAGCCACUUGUCUCGGGUGAUUAUUCGUGACAACCUCAGUGCACAGCGAAUCUAUGAAAUGGAGAUGAAAACUGUAGAUAAGACCAAGAAAAAGAUGAGCCACUUGUAUGACCACCUGAAAAAAAAGUUCUUGGUGGACCAGUUCAGAAAGCUGGGGCGCUGGAAACGGGAAUUCCUGAGUGUCCGGCAGUACCUGGACAGUAUGCGUGCACGCAAGGUUGAUUCCAUCCUAAAAGGAAAAUCCAGCCGUGCUAAUCAAAAUAGAAGCUCCACCGCCUCAGGGUCACAACCACUCUAG